CAAAGCAGCAUAGAGAGAUACAAAGAAACAAGAAAAAGAAGAAAAAUAUAUAGAAAUGGGUGGUUCCAAGUUUCAUGCACUUAUGUAUCCAUGGUUCGCAACUGGUCAUAUGACUCCGUUCCUUCAUCUUGCCAACAAAUUGGCUGAAAAAGGUCAUAUGGUUACUUUCUUGCUUCCUAAGAAAGCUCUGAAACAGUUAGAGCAUCUCAAUCUGUUUCCACACAACAUCGUCUUUCGCUCUGUCACCAUCCCUCAUGUGGAUGGUCUCCCCGUUGGCACAGAGACCGCCUCUGAGAUCCCGGUGACAUCAGCUGAUCUCUUGAUGUCCGCUAUGGAUCUCACACGUGACCAAGUUGAAGUUGUGGUCCGAGCCGUGGAACCGGACCUGAUCUUCUUUGACUUUGCUCAUUGGAUUCCAGAAAUAGCUAGAGACUUUGGCCUUAAGACUGUAAAGUACGUUGUCGUGUCUGCAUCGACUAUAGCUAGUAUGCUUGUCCCAGGUGGUGAGUUAGGUGUUCCUCCGCCGGGAUAUCCUUCAUCGAAGGUGCUGCUUCGUAAACAAGAUGCUUACACCAUGAAGAACCUGGAGCCUACAAUCGAUGUCGGACCAAACUUGUUGGAACGAGUCACUACAAGUCUUAUGAACUCUGAUGUCAUUGCGAUAAGGGCAGCCAGAGAAAUCGAAGGAAACUUUUGCGACUAUAUCGAAAAGCAUUGCAGGAAAAAGGUUCUCUUGACAGGUCCGAUGUUCCCUGAGCCAGACAAGACUAGAGAGCUAGAGGAACGAUGGGUUAAGUGGCUAAGUGGGUAUGAACCAAACUCAGUGGUGUUUUGUGCACUGGGCACACAAGUCAUUUUAGAGAAAGAUCAGUUCCAAGAACUCUGCUUAGGGAUGGAGCUAACAGGUUCACCGUUUCUUGUAGCGGUUAAGCCACCUAGAGGCUCAUCAACGAUUCAAGAAGCACUUCCAGAAGGAUUCGAGGAGCGGGUUAAAGGAAGAGGAGUUGUUUGGGGAGGAUGGGUUCAACAACCAUUGAUAUUGUCUCAUCCAUCGGUCGGGUGCUUUGUGAGCCAUUGUGGGUUUGGAUCAAUGUGGGAGUCUUUGCUGAGUGAUUGUCAGAUAGUCUUGGUGCCACAGUUGGGUGAUCAGGUCCUCAACACAAGAUUGAUGAGUGACGAACUCAAGGUUUCGGUUGAAGUGGUAAGAGAGGAAACAGGAUGGUUCUCGAAAGAGAGCUUGCGUGAUGCUAUCAAUAGUGUGAUGAAAAGGGACAGUGAGAUCGGGAAUCUGGUGAAGAAGAAUCACACCAAGUGGAGGGAGACACUAGCUAGUCCUGGACUUAUGACCGGUUAUGUCGAUAAUUUCAUAGAGUCAUUGCAGGAUCUUGUCUCUGUUACCAACCAUGACUGAAAGAUAGAAACACUAUGAUGUUUCUAAGUAGAAGGGGGUGAUCAAUAAGGUUGAUAUAAACCAUACUAUCUUGAAGUGCUUCUUUUUCCAAGUGUGUUUUUGUUUGUUUGUAUGGUUCAUUUAUUGUAUCAUGUUUCUAAGUGGCAGUAGGUGAUCAUUAAGGUUUGUAUAAACCAAACCUCUGUUUUCUAGUUGGCUUUAUAAUAAUGUGUUUCAUAGUUG